AUGGCGCAGGUGGUGAAGGCCUAUGUGGAGUCAUGUAAUACGUGCCAGAGGGUGAAGCUGUCUCACCUGCGGCCGGCCGGCCUCCUUCAGCCGAUGCCGGUGCCGGAGCGGGUAUGGGAGGACAUUAGCAUGGAUUUCAUCGUGGGAUUACCUCCCUCGGGUGGAAAGACGGUGGUGUUCGUGGUAGUGGAUCGGCUCACUAAGUAUGCCCAUUUUAUGCCAUUGUGGCAUCCGUACACUGCUAAGUCUGUGGCCGAGCAGUUCGUAUUGGGAGUGGUGAGGCAUCAUGGGUUUCCCAGGUCGAUCGUCAGUGAUCGUGACCCGGUUUUCUUGAGCAGGUUUUGGCAGGAGGUCUUUGCGAUGGCACAUACGGUUUUACGCAUGAGCUCGGCCUAUCAUCCCCAGACCGAUGGCCAGACGGAGAUCGUUAACAAGCACCUCGAGCAGUAUUUGAGGUGCUUCGCCCACCAGCAGCCGAAGCAAUGGCUGGCCAUGCUCCCUUGGGCAAAAUUGUGGUAUAACACCACGUAUCAUCGGGCCAUCAAAAUGACCCCGUUCGAGGCUCUAUACGGGCGGCCACCCCCGACGUUGGUGCAGUACAGGGGCGGAUCGAGUUCGGUUGACGCGGUGGACAGGUGCCUGGGCGCGAGAGACGAGGCUUUGGAGCAGUUACAAACCAAUUUGGCGGCAGCAAACAACCGGAUGAAGCAGGCUGAAGAUGCAGGGCGGCGGGAUGAGGAGUUUGAGGUGGGUGAUUGGGUACUGUUGAGGUUGCAUCCCUACCGGCAGUCUUCAGUCUUCCGUCGGGCAUACCAGAAGCUUGCGGCUCGAUUCUUUGGGCCGUAUGAAAUCACCCACAAGGUCAACCCUGUUGCUUAUCGGCUGCAGCUACCUGCAGGUUCCCGCAUACACCCGGUGUUCCACAUUUCCUUGCUGAAAAGGUACCGGGGCCCGGCGGACAGAGUGACUUCGACGGCUCCUCCGGCGACAGCCGAUGGUGACUUGGAGGUGGUUCCUCUCAAGGUGUUGGAUACACGGUGGACGAAGAAAGGAGGGCGGCUGGUGGAAGAGAUCUUGGUGCAGUGGAAGCACGUGGAGCCGGAAGAUGCCAGCUGGAAGAGUCAGAGAUGCUCCAACAGAGGUUUCCGGAUUUCGACAUCGAGGCCGAUGUCAAUUCUGAAGGAGGAGGGGAUGUGGGAAACCUGA